UAAUUCACUCGGCAGAGUAGCAAUAUGAGCGCUCACGGUACCGUACGCUGAGGAAACGCGUGAGCGACGUGACGAGAUUCCAUUGCUGUGAAAUCGCGCGCUGUACGUGUCAGCGGGUCGCGCGACGUCGCGUGCUCCGUGAGUGUUAACACAGUGUCGUGUCUGGUUACGUCCCGCAACACGUGGAUACGUGGAUUUCUUGGUUAGUUCCCCGGAUCUUCGGAGGGAUACCACCACAGCCAUCGGACCCGCCGCCGCCGCCGCUGCCACCGCUGCUGCCGCUGCUGCCGUUGCCGCCGUCGUGGCGAGGAAUCACCGUCGGUGAGUAAGGUGAGAGGAGUUUCUCGACCUAGGCUAAGAUGUCACAUCACAGCGACGACAACAUGCUGAUAGCGACGUCGGACUCCUUUUGGGAGCCGGGCAAUUACAAGCGCACCACCAAGAGGAUCGAGGACGGGCACAAGCUCUGCGACAGUCUGAUAGCGCUGGUCCAGGAAAGGGCGGAGAUCGAGAAGACUUACGCGAAGGCGCUGAAGAAUUGGUCGAAGAAUUGGAACGACAAGAUCGAGAAGGGACCGGAAUACGGCACCACCGAGGCGGCGUGGAAGGGCGUGCUCGUCGAGUCCGACAGACUGUGCGAUCUUCACCUCAGGGUCAAGGAGAAUCUCUGCAACGACAUUAUUCAGCAGGUGAAGACGUGGCAGAAGGACACGUAUCACAAGUCGAUGAUGACCCUGAAGGAGCGCAAGGAAAUGGAGGACGCGUUCAAGAAGGCGCAGAAGCCGUGGGCGAAACUCCUGCAGAAGGUCGAGAAAGCCAAGUCGGAGUACCACAAUAGCUGCAAAACCGAACGAACGGCGGCGAACAUGGAGAGGAACGCUUCGGCGGAUAGUUCUCUCUCGCCGGACCAGAUGGCCCGAGGCUCUGAAAACGUGAAGAAGAUGCAGGACAGGGUGCAGAAAACGAAGGAGGAGGUGCAAAAGGCGAAAGAGAAGUACGAGGCGGCGCUUCAGGAGAUCAAUCAGUACAAUCCGAAGUACAUGGAGGACAUGACGCAAGUGUUUGAGAAGUGUCAGGAGAUGGAGGCGCAACGGCUUCAGUUCUUCAAAGACGUCCUGUUCGGGAUCCACAAGUGUCUGAACAUCUCGCAGGAUCCGGUGCUGCCGCAGAUAUACGAAGAAUUCUAUCAUACGAUAAACAACGCCGACCAUGAGAAGGACCUCAAGUGGUGGUCGAAUAAUCACGGCGUGAACAUGGCUAUGAAUUGGCCGCAGUUCGAGGACUACACAGAGGAGUUCCGCGAGAUCACGAAGGGCUCGAAGUCGAAGGAGGCGCUCCCGGCAGGCUCCAUCACUCUCAUCAAUCAACGCCCGGUCGGCGAGGAUCUGCAUGAGUUUCCGCCAGUGAAUAACAAAUCAAAAUCGAAGUCCGCUGGCCGGGUGAUAUCGGCGGACGGCAAUCACGGGGACAGCAAAACGGAUACAAUCACCUCCAGCAAACAGCCCUCGGAGAAGAAUAAUCAUGAAACAGAUAGCGUCAACAGGACCUCAACGAUCACCAAUGGCACUAACGCCAAGCAAGAGUCAAACCCGUUCGAGGAGGAGGAGUGGGAUGAGGAUGGCGGGGAGCCAUUGGUCGACAAUGGAGAACCCGGGGUCCCCGUACGGGCGUUGUACGAUUACGAAGGAGCUGAAGCGGACGAGCUCAGUUUUAAACAAGGAGAUGUAUUCGAGAAGCUAGAAGAUGAAGACGAGCAAGGAUGGUGUAAAGGCAGAAAGGAUGGCAGAGUGGGUCUCUAUCCAGCGAAUUACGUAGACCUGGUAUCGCAAUAAAUUAACGACACGAAGCCAAAUCCACAAGUUCGUUAGUUACUUAAUGUGUAAACUCCGCCGAGAAUAAGAUUUCCGCGUUUCGUUUCUUCUCGCCGUUCUUUUAUGUGGCGAGUUGAAAUC